AUGGAGUUCCUGGGCGUGCGCUGGGCGCCGCUGAACACGCCCCUCAAGCGGCGGCUCCAGACGCUGUCCGUGGUGGGCUGGUUCGUGCUGCUGGUGUUCGGCCCCGUCUUCGGCUACGGCGCCAUCGUCUACAUGAUCUUCUACACCAGCUACUGGUGGCUGGCCAUCGCCUACAUGGUCUUCAUCUACUACGACGACGCCUGCUACUCGGGCUACCGAUGGACGAACUGGGUUCGCAACUGGGCGUGGUGGCGCUACAUGGCUGAGUACUUCCCGCACAGCAUGGUGAAGACGGCGGACCUGGACCCCAAGCGCAACUACCUGUUCUGCAUCUACCCCCACGGCGUGCUGUCCACGGGCGUGUUCUCGGCGCUGUGCACCAACGCCCUCGACGUGGACAAGGUGUUCCCCCACCACAAGACGCACCUGCUCAGCCUUCACCAGCACUUCCAGGCGCCCUUCUCGAGGGAGGUGGGGCUCAUGUUGGGUGCACUGUCGGCGGCCCCGGAGGCCAUCAACGCCACCCUGAGCACCCCGGGCGGCGGCCACGUCGUGGGGCUGGUGGUGGGCGGCGCGGCUGAGGCGCUCAUGUCCAGGCCCAACAUGUACCGCAUCCUCAUCAAUAAGCGCAAGGGCUUCUGCAGACUGGCGCUCAAGCACGGGUCCCCGCUCGUGCCCGUGUUUUCGUUCGGCGAGCACGUCGUGUACGACCAGGUGAGCAGCGAGCAGGACUCGCUGUUCUACCGCUGCCAGGAGCUGCUCCGGAAGUACAUCGGCAUGGCCCCCGUCAUCAUCCGGGGCCGCGGCAUGUUCCAGUACUCGUUCGGCCUGCUGCCGCACCGCUCCCCCGUCACCGUCGUGGUGGGCGAGCCUCUCGAGGUGGAGAAGAACAUCAACCCGACCAAGGAGGACAUCGAGGCGCUGCACGCGCGGUUCUGUGUGGAGCUCCGGGCGCUCUACGACAAGCACAAGCACAAGUACAACGGUGGCGUGGACGUCCCGCUGGUGUUUGAAUGAGACGCGGACGCCGCGACCAACGUGCGACCGCCUGCGCCACCGCGGCCAGCGUCGCCGUUGAUCAUUGACGCGCCCUGAUCACGUUGACCAAGGCUGCGACCAUCGACUCGCACACUCGUACAGUGACGCGCUGAAAUAUUUGCUCAACUACUGUCCCUUCGACUUAGCCAAGAUUUAGCAAUAAUUUUGUCCAUUCCUAUGACGUAUUUUUUUUAUAAAAAACAAUAAAUGCGCCACUGCCGCUGAAAGCAGCAAUAAAACUGGUUGUGAUGAAACUUUUUUUAAGCGCCAAAUCGCUGUUUUCUUCAUUGUUCAUUUUGUUUUCUACUACAGCAUUAUUGGCGGCGUCAGAGUGAUAUUGUUAAGUUUACGUAAAACAAAUUAAGUGUUCCUUAAUUUUUCUCUUGAUGUCGUCGUGGUAGAGAAUUUGCGAAGAGAAACGCUAACACGAGGGAGGCGUCAAAAAGAUGUUGUUAGACUGUUUAAAAUGGAUUUCAGUUUUUCUUACUUACUGUAUUGUUGACUUGUUCUGUUUGUUGUUCUAUUUAUGGUAGCUCAACUAGUUAAUAAAAUUUAUUUUCCAUAUA